AUGGAAAUGGCAAAUACCGUCACCAAUGCCAAAUCCUCGGAUCCAGCGUCGACUGCGGAUUUCGACGACGGCGGAGGACAAUGUGGAUGGUAUUGCUGGAAACCCAAAUUCUUACAGCGGCUAUCUACAUCCAAGUCGUUUUUAUUCUGGAUCUGCUGGGCCGGAGGAUUUCAAAGUUUUUUGAUCAAUGGUCUUCUCAACGUUUGCGUCAGCACGAUAGAGCGGCGGUACGACCUCACUUCAACGGACAGUGGGAUGAUUAUAGGAUGCUACGACAUCGCGUCAUUUUUAACAGUUCUACCAGUGUCCUAUCUAGGAGGUCGCAAAGGAGCGUGCAAGCCUCAUUGGGUCGGCUAUGGUGUGUUACUAUUAGGAAUAGGGUCGUUCGUCUUUGCUACACCCCACUUAACAUCUGGGCUCUACCAGGCUUCCGUGAAGGAACAAGUCAUCAAUACCUGCUCACUAUCCGUUCCGUCGAUGAACGCCAGUUGCUCGACAUCAGAUCAAUUAACAGCAGGUCUAACGGGUGGAUGGGCGUUGCAAAAGUUCAAGUACGUGUUUCUAGUAGCGCAACUCAUCAUGGGUGCAGGUGGAGCUCCGUUAUACACGCUCGGAACAGCUUUCAUAGACGAGAAUGUCAGUCACAAAAUGCAGCCGAUCUACAGCGGGAUUUUUUACGGAAGUACAAUGCUUGGCCCUGCUCUGGGCUACAUUGCUGGCGGGCAACUACUUCGUCUUUACGUCGACUUCGACACGAUCUCAGCCAACGAAGUGGGGAUGGCUCCGGGUAGCAGCGGUUGGAUCGGUGCCUGGUGGCUCGGUUUCGUCAUCGCCGGAACGUUGCUUUGCAUAGCCGCCAUUCCACUUUUGGCUUUCCCUGGCGAAUUACUUGGUGCGAAAGCACUCGCUGCAGCCAAAGAAGCAGAACAUUCUAAAACGGAAGACCCUGAGGAUGAUGACGAUUACGAUUCCAAAAACGAUUCCAAAUCGACUACACCAGAUGGAGCAAUUAGUGUUGGCCAGAGCUUGCGAGAAUUACCUUUGGCCAUUAAAGAAUUAGCUACACGCUGGACGUUUUUAUUCAUUUGCCUCGAACAGUCGUGCGAGGCAAUGCUCCUUGCAGGCUUUGGGGCUUUCCUACCGAAGAUUAUCGAAAGUCAAUUUUCAUUAUCACCUGCUAUGGCUGCCAUCAUCGUUGGUGGACUGGUGAUUCCAUGCGGGUGUGGAGCUUCCUAUUCUGGAGGUUAUCUAAUCAAACAUUACCGCAUGCGACCACGGACGAUUUUAAAGAUGUCAUGUUUCUUGGUAUCUCUGAGCUUCAUCUUCUCUUUGGCUUUCAUGGUCUAUUGCCCCAAUCAAGAUUUUGCUGGAGUAACCAUUCCAUACAGCGGAAAGCAUGAAUUAAAAAUCGUCUCCGACUGCAACGCUAAAUGUUCGUGCUCAUUAGAUACCUACGAUCCUAUUUGUGGUAUCGACAACAUUCUUUACUACUCUCCUUGCCAUGCUGGCUGCACGUCGUCUCAUGAAACUUUAGUCAACGGAUCGAAAUCCUUUGCGGUUUAUUCCAAUUGCUCGUGUAUAACUUCGCCAGAAUAUAAAAGAAUGAAGGUCAUGGGUGGAGCGGAAAUUGACGUCAUGGCGGCGCGUCAAACGUGUACUUCUGCCAAAUGCAAUCACCAGCUCUACCUGUUCACGAUAUUAUUAUUCCUCUUUCUGGCUCUUGUUUUCAUGAAUAGCAUGCCGAUUUUAUCAGCAACUUUAAGGAGUGUGCCAUACAAUAGAAGAGCGUUCGCAUUAGGAACCCAGAUGAUUAUUUGGAGGCUGUUAGGUGCUAUUCCAGGUCCCAUGAUCUUCGGAUUAUUCAUAGACAGUUCCUGCGUGUUGUGGUCGCAUACCAACAACGAAUGUGGUGACAACUCUGACAAUAGCGGUUCCUGUUUAAUUUACAACAAUUAUUCAUUUAGCAGAGCGAUGGUUGGGUUAGCGCUGGUCGUUAAAGGGUUCACAUUUUUGUUCGCCACACUGUCUUGGUGGUUCUACACGCCUUCUACCGUAACGAAGGCGUCCAACGGUGUCCAGGAGGUUGCUGCAACAUCGGCCAAUCCAGAGGCAAAAACCAAAGAAAUUUACGCUUAUGACAACACAGCGGUCGAUCGUAAUGAAUAAAAUGAACCCAUUCCUCUCCCCCCUUUCCUGCAAAAUGUCGGUGGCGAUCGCGUUAUUUUAAAUGUUUCUUGUUCUAGUAUUCGGACAGAAAAAAUGUAUUUAUUCACAUUUUUUGAAUAUAUACACUUUUGUAUUUUUUUCGAAUUUGUAUUUUGUUUUUUUUGUUUGUAAGGUUUUUCAUAAAAAAAUAGAAAAAGGGGGAAAAGUAUGACAUUAAACGGUCGGUCGCAACAGAACGGUGGUACACUUGCAAAACGGAGGAACUUAUUGUGCCUAAUCAGCAGUACAAUAUCAUAUGGCCCGUGAUGUAUCACAUGGAUUGGU